UCCCCUGGAGAAGGAAAUAGCCACCCACUCUAGUAUUCUUGCCUGGAGAAUUCCCGGGACAGAGGAGCCUGCCGGACAGAGGAGUCCAACUCCAUGGGGUCGCAAAGAGUCGGUCACGAGUGAGCGACUAACGUUACAUUAUUUUGAGCAUAGGGACCUUUGUUGUCAAUGUGAUGCCUUUGCUUUUUAACUUCCCUUCCAGGAAGCAGAUGUCUUUUAGUUUCCUGCCGUCACCUUCCUCAGAGAUUACACUAUUAAAUUGUUCGGCCCGGAGGGGGCCCGCCUCACCUUCCCAAGCUGCAAGGCAGACCAGGCUUCCCUCCAAGGCCCGCACCCUGACAGCUUGUUUCCGCUUCCCCGGGCCGCCCCGCCUUUUCACUGCCCGCCAGCGCAGCUUCCCACAUCCUGAAGCGGAGAGCCGGCGGUGCAGCUGUCUCAGCGCAACGAGGAGGACUUCUUAUUCAGCCGCCAUUCCCGUAAAUGGUGGGGGUGGGGUGUCAUGAGAAGCAAAGACAUCGACUUCAAGAGAAAUAGAAAACUGAAAAAAGCCUGAAGAAGAACCUAUGACAAUGAAGAGGAUUGGUGAAGAACUUGCGAAGAGACGGCAACAUGAAGGAGAGUAGGUCUUGAAGGUUGCGGGUAGGCAAGGACAGAAGUUUAGGGAAAAGCAGGAUCUCCGGAGAGUUAAAGACCUCUGAAGACUUGUGUUGCCUGAGGAAGCCCUGAAGUUGAGGAAGAGGAAAGAAAAGGAGUCAGGCAUGGCUCUUUCUCAGGCACAGUUGCCAUUCAAGGAUGUGUUCAUAGAUUUCACUCCCGAGGAGUGGGAAUGUCUGGACCCUGCCCAAAGGACCUUGUACAAGGACGUGAUGGUAGAGACCCUCAGGAACCUGCUGUCUGUGGAUUUGUCUCAAAUACGUAUGAUCAAGAAAUUACAGGCAAAAGGAAACAGUGGUAAAGAAGAAAUUUUUCAAAGAGUGGUGUUUGGAAGAGCCAUAAGCCAUGAAAUCGAAGAGUGUCUGUGGACAGAUAAUGAAAGAAAUGACAGAGGGACCUCUAUAUCCCAUAACAAAAAUCUCACUGAUAGAAGAGGUCAUGGUAGUAGAAGUGAUGCAGGAAAUAAGCCUGUUGAAAGGCAUGGAUCAGGCUUUCAAGAUCAGUUGCAGAUUCUUGAAUCUGAAGGGACAGUUUCUGAAUGUAGUCAGGUUGUGGCAAAUAUCAACAGUAGCGCCUCAGGUUUGCCACCUCAGAGAACUCGUAGUGUCCGUAAAGGCAAUUCUCAUAAACGUGAGAGUGCUGUUAUGCAUCCCUCAGAUCUGGGACCAGACCAGAAAGGACACAAGAAAAAAACUUACAGUUGUAAUAAGUGUAACAUGACUUUUCUUCAGGACUCAGAACUCACUAGACAUCAAAGGAUCCAUACAGAAAGAAAAGCAUAUAAAUGUAACAUAUGGUCUAAGGCUUUUAAUGAUAAAUCAACCCUUGUAGUUCAUCAGAGAAAUCAUACUGGAGAGAAACCAUAUAAAUGUGAUGUAUGUGGCCACUGCUUUAAACAGCAUACACACCUUCUGUCAGGGAAUGUUUGACGGGAGGAUUCCUACGUGCUGUCUCUCAUGAGUCCUUUGUCCCUCUUCAAGCGGAACAGCAUGCUGCUCCCAGGGACUGAGAUCAUUGUGUGAGGCAAGCAUGAGUCUCCUUUAGUAAACAUUCUCCUUAGGAGAAACAGCUUAAUCUCCUUCCCCUUUCUUGAGAUAUGGAUUGUCUCCUGACCUUGUGACUAACAUUACCCCUUGUUCCCUUGGUAAUGGUUGCUGUACAUUUGGUUUUCUGAUCUCUAUCAUUCCCAAAAGAAGUUUCUUGUACUGCAGCCUAUAUAUACUCAUAGAAAAAUCAUUAAAGCACCUUUGCUCCAUCAGAGCUUAGGUCCCCGGGUCUUUUUUGUCUCUCUCUCUCUCUCUCUCUCUCUCUCUUUUUCUGGCUGACUCUCUGGAGCGUCGAGACCUGUCGUGCUCACUUUUCUGCCCGGGCUUCUAAGACCCCCUCGAGAGGGCGCCUGGUGCCUUCGUGAGUGAUGCAAAUCCUGUGUCAAGGACUUUAUUGGUCCUCUGCGUAAACCAAGGGAUAUCAGCCUCUUUUUCUCUUUCACUUUCUUAUCGUCGACUCCGUACCACAAGGUUCCAGUCCAUUAAAGACCCCAACAACCUUCAACAUCAUUGGUGAGUUCAUACUGGAGGGAAACCAUAUAAAUGUGAUGUGUGUGGAAAGGCCUUUAGUCGAAAAGCAAGGUGUACGGUUCAUCAGACCCUUCGUACUGGAGAGAAACCGUAUACAUAUGAAGUAUGUGGCUGUGGCUACAUUCGAAAGUCACACCUUGGAAUUCAUUGGAGAGUUCAUACUGGAGAGAAACCAUAUAAAUGUAAUGUGUGUGGCAACUGCUUUAAACAGUGUACAUACCUUCAACAUCAUCAGUGAGUUCAUACUGCAGAGAAACCAU